CAUCUACUGAGCUUUUGCUCACGCGCACUUCAACGGAGACAGAGUGUAGUUCUCCGUGCAAACUGCUUGGUGAUAUCAGUAAACCUGUUGAAGAUACGAAAACAUCGGAUGCCGAAAAGGAACAAUCAAAAAUUUCAUUAUCUAACCCGUUCCAGACAGAGGGUGCCAUGUCAAGUUGCAACAAACGUCACUUGGCUGGGGCAAUGCACGUUCAAACAAAAAUGUCUUUGGACCAACUCGGUAGAAGCUGCGGUCGUUCCUGGCAUGUUGCACGACUAGUAACUGCCUCAGGCAACGUCCUGCCUGAUAAUCAACUCAUUCAACGCCGUCGAAUCUCCAUAGUGGAUAUUAACACGGGACAGCGCACAUGGAGUGGAACAUGCAACUUCAUAGACAGCUCCGUGGCCUAUAAAAAUGCAGGUUCUAUAGAUAAAAAACUUGAGACCCAUAAAGACACCGGGAAGAAGUGCCAUUCCUCCAAGGCUACAAAGUUAGCUAAAAGAACUGAAGACAUCGUAUUGGACUACGGUGGACAGUCGCAUUCCAGGUUGGAUCUCCAACUUGGAAAUUCUGCGACCGAGAUUAAUGCUCGAACUAUACAAGAAAAACAAUGUAAGAGUGUUGAUUAUGUUCAAGUGGCUAGACAUCAUUGUGUAGAUAAAAAUAGACUUUCGCUAAAUGAAGGUCACUUGAAGCUCGACCUAAAAACGGAUGUAAAAAUCGAACAAGCGGAUGUAUCAAAGCUUCUCGAUGUGACGAACAAGGUGUCUGAUCUUGUAGAGACUUCUGAAACAAAAGAAGUGACUAAUAAUGCUGUCACAAACCGAGAGGGAAGGCUGCAAUCCCAAAACCAGAUCAGAGAAUGCAACUCGGAUACAGAUACCCAACUAGUAUUGAAUCAGGGAGAAAGAAAAAACACUUGCGAUGACGCGAAAGCACAAUCUAAGCCCGACUUUCACCAGUUAGUGAUGCCGAUGACCACUGACGCAGCUCAGAGAGAUUGUUUACUCGAUAUGCCUAAUACGGCGAAAGGCGUUGAAAAUAGUCUUAGUCAAGUUCAGCAGGUUGUAUCGAACUCCGACAACAUUGACUCGGACAUAGAAACUCAAGUGGUUCGGUUGGGCAUAUCCGGAUCUUUCGUUGAUUCUCAAAACAACGAAAAUGAUUCGACGGCGGAAAGUGGACAAAAAGGAAAACAUUGCGUUGCGAACAUUCAAGUCUCAGAGUUGGAACAAUCUGAAACUUGUGGCGUUGCGCAGCACGCGGUAGUUUCCCAUAACGGGUGCAAAAAUCAGGAGCAGCAAUUUGAAUUUUGUGCUUGUGAAAUCAUGCCUAAAAUAGUAUACCAGAAUAAUGAUGCGACAACCUCUGACCAACUGAAGACAGCGCGUAAUGUGUUCAACGUCAGUAAGGAUAAAGCUGAGCGAAGUCAACGUCUGCCGCCUGAAUAUGGGCUCAGGGUUCGUCAGUGUGAGAACUUGCAUAACGAUAAAGUGACAGCGCACAACGACGAUGUAGACAUUCAAACAGGAAAUGAAAAGAGCGGGAGUCUUCAAAUGCUUCCCGAAAUCUAUGUCCAGCAACCAUUAAUCGAUAAAAACGUCGAUAUCCAUAAAGUCGCGGGAUCUUAUAGCAUGAAACAACAUGCACUGGAGAUUGCGGAUUCUGAUAACGUUCAAGGUAUACUGUCUCAAACACGCGUACAGGAGUAUAUCAAGUUAAGCACGGAAGGUGCUCCCAUUGUCCAAGCAGUGGAUCGUACUUGUUCGGAAGCGGUACUUAAUAAUGAAGAAAGUAGAGAUGAUAAGAAAAAUGGAAUCCAACGACUACAGGUUAACACAGCAAAUGACCAGCAAGCCGACCCCAGGUUGGGUGGAGAAGCGACCUGCUCCUCAAGAAAUGGUGCUUUCGGCGAAGAAAAACAAGUGCCGUAUAUAAACAGUCUCCCCCAGCUAGAACCUCAUGGAGACAUGUCAGUACAAUACAACACAGACAUGUAUAGGACUGCGAGAGCAGCUAGGCAAAGUAUGGUUAAUGAGAUAGGUCAGACAGAGCAAUGUCGCAUUGAGGUUGGCGUUCAAUCAUUUCAGCCAAAUCGGAACAUCCCGAUAGUCUACGGUAAUACACAAAGUGUUGUUAGCAUUCCAUAUUCACUGACGAAAACGGUGGCCAGCGUCGAUGAUAGAGCCAAACAGUCACCGCCUACAUCGACAACCAUUUCGCAGUCGCUAUCGGCAAAUUGGGAAGAUCAAGCAGAAGUAUCACCUUCAUAUAAGAUGAAAAAAAGAACAGAAACGAUGACGAGGGAUGACGAGCACGGAUUUGAAAACGAUGCAACUUCGACUAAAACGGAUGCCGUAAUCGAGUCUGUCUGGCAAACGAGCGUGUAUAAACCUGUCUUUGUUCGUGCAAUUAGGCAUCUGGAAGAUGAUGCCGUUCAACUACAGUGGCCUUAUACACCGCCAAAGUACGAGCCAAUGCAUAGUAGCAUGUCCGUUGUCAUGACGAACGUUCAUGAGGAGGGUAAGGAAACGGAGAACAAGGCAGAAGUGUUGAAUCGUCCUUGUCACUGCUGUAGCAACACAGGGACAGCUUCCAAGAAAGCGGAGCCUUCUGACCACGAGAAACCAACACUGGCCACGCUUUGUGCUGAGAGAAACCCAUUGGAUUUACGCGUAGACUAUUCAAAUGCCGGCUGUAGCAAUUUCAAAACGGAAAACCUACGAGGCGGCCGACGUAGCACGCGGAAGCUUACUAAGGAUCUGCAUAAAACGAGCUUUAAAAGUAGAUCAGUUGUAAACAAGAACGUCUGGUUACCUAAGUUUACGCCAGAGGUUGCAGCUGAAGAACAAUUUCGGGAUUCUGAAUGGCAGAAUAUACCAAGAGUCGCCAAUACCAUACCGGAUCAGAUAUCUCGACUUACAACGUCGGAGUAUGGAUCCCAUCACCUCUCUACAAAUGUGUAUGAUUACGUUGAACAAUCGGAUUUUGAAGGUCACAUCCCGUAUCCGAGUCCGAGUGAGUGGGAUAUACCGUACCACGGCCCAGAAUCAAUGGUAAACCUUGUUGGAGCUAAUGUUACCUUGGUCGCAGAAGCCAGCGAGCGAACGCCAAUCUUGGGAGGGGGUGAAAACGAUCUAGGCCACUCGAAGAUCACUACAACAACAACAACAACGGCUGCAGACGAGGUCUUGGUUGGUAUGGAUCAUACUGACCUAGCCCACACCAGUAGUUGCGACCUCAGUAAUAAUCACAGAGUCGACCUAACCACAGAAAAUAUGUUUCCAGCUAUGCAUACUGAUGUAGGAGAAAACUUACUAAAAUGCUUAACUGAGCCUUACAUUAUUACUGAACAAAAGGCUAAGCCGACUUCCAUCAUGGCGAGUAUUUUUCCUGUCAAUAAAUGCCGAAGCUUUUUAGAGACACAAAAUCGCUUGGAUAUAGGGGAGCAAAUUUCAGGGGUAUACGCAGAAGCGACACACUACCCACCUUCCAAAUAUGGACAGCCUGCAACAACUGGUGUUCAAGAUAAGAUCGCUGACCUGAGGUCGUCCUCAUGUACCCCAUUGAUGAUUCAAUUCUCCGGCCCAAAGCCACAAACCCGAAAUGAGCAAGGGUCCUUAAGCCCCGACGUCUCUGUAGGGUUGCCCGAAGGUCAGAUAAGGCGACGCCAAUAUAGUUCUCUGGUAGACCUGAAAUGUCACAGCGCUCUGACGGAUCAGCCAGAUUGUUUGAUCUACACUGCAAAUAACUGCAGCCGAAAAGUGAAUAAUCGACCUCGUCGAAGACAGCGUCUGGUGGAACAGUCGCUAGAGGCUAUUCCACAACAAUCGAAAGACUAUAUUGAGCUCUCGCCCAACACAGAGAGCCUUCCUCUUAAGAUUUUUAAUGGUGUUUCUGAUCGACCUUCGAUGAAUACCGGUUCAUCUCUUCCAAGCGCGGCUGCGAACGUUACUCAGACACAGAUCAAAAGACCCCGUCUGAUAUCUAUAGAGACGACCACGUUUUCAAGCCCAAAUAACCAUGACUCAACCGACCCUACGUUAGCUGUUGAAGUUGAAUCGGAAAGAAGCUUGAACCACUUGUGUGCACCCCUCACUACCGAACGAACAAGCGACUUUAACCGCCAUAUGGAAUCGUCUCACCGUUCGCAAGAGCUGGAUGUCUCGAAACUUUUCAAUGGAGAUCUUGUAUCAGCCGUAGAUGCUGAACUUGAUGAAGCACAGCGAAACUUCGAGUUUACGACGUGGGAAAAUUUUGUCGGCCUGGUAGAACGUGUGCAUAACCUCACUACAUUACGUAAGCAACUAAUCCUACAUAGGCAACAGGCUGGUAAGGAGAAUGUGAUGAACGCAACUCCUUCUAUGUCAUGCGGCUUUGGAAUCAGUGUUGCCGAUAUUGCGAAUCUUCAGUCCCCGCCAGGCGACGGCAGCUCUAGGAGAACAGGACAACUUCCAUAUCUGCAGGAGAAACAAGACAACUUACCAAACUAUGGGAUGAGCGCUGCAGAUAGUAAUGGCCACGCCUCUAUACGAUUGCAUUCAGGCAUCGUUGAUCAGAACACUACAUUAUCGGACGCCUAUUUUAAGGCAGUCCAAAGUGAUAAGCAGACGAGAUACAACAAAGAGCAACUAAAUAUCAAUAAUAACUACCUAACUACGGAACAACACGCGAUAACGAAUGCUGAUAGUUUAAAAAUAGAAAGAGAUGGGAGGCUGAAUUACGAGCGUCCGUUGUCAAGUUUGUCGACCAACUCUGAUGCCACCAUAAUUGUCAACUGCAUGGCUGAGUUGGGCGUACAGCAGUAGAAACGUAUAUUUAUUUUAUGUUGUUUUUGUAUAUACUGUAACCGUCAUAGUUUUUGGAUAUAUUAGUGGAUAAUAGUGAAUAGAUUAGUACAUACAAUCAGAAAAAUGGGUUUGGAACAGAAUUAUUAAUCAACAUUGUGAGAAUGGUUCUACCAGAGUUCCCUCACCUGUCCGUCAAAACCAAUACCGUAACUAAAAUGCUUAAUGAUGGAUGGAUGUGUCUAAGUUCUCUAUAGUGAAUGUUAAAUCUUCAGCGGUGGCAUUCUUCAACCGUGGGGCAUAAAGCUGGGUUAGCAUGAUAUGUUACAAAAGCGUUUUUACACCUUACAGGUGUUUGUAGUCCAAAGAUAUUAUCCAAAUAUAUAGAAGCCUGAUGAUUAACCGUCUCAUUGUGAAAAUAACCCUAACAAAUUUUCACCAGUAUCCAUCAGGUAUAUAUGCUUAUACGAUCCCAUGGCGUUAAAUAUAUCUAAAGCAUACAUUUGUGUUUUUGUUAUUUUGCGAAGCUUCUGUCGAUUUUUGUGACGUACUGAAGGAUAACCCAAAAAUAGAACUGGUUUAAAUAUGGAGUAGUGAUAGUAGAAAAUCUUAAAUGAGCCCAUGUAAAAGCUGAGCUUCAAAAUUUACGAUUACCUACACUCGUCGGAAAAUAACAAUUUAUUCGUUCUUGCUUGUUAACAAAACUUAAUAAAUUUCUUUUAACUAAAAACCUGGUGCUCAAUGCUUUCUUAGUCAACAGUUGCUGUUUCCGGGUUAGAGGCUGUUAAUCGACAAAAACCUAGUUGACUUACUUAGGCCGCGUCACAACCACAACAUAAAGGUACUGCCAUUUACCGAAUUACGGAGAUCUAGAACUGGAUAAACCUACUAUAUUAUAAUCGUACGUAUACAUGUGUUAUAUGCCAUGAUCUCAUUGUGCAUGCGUUCACAACCUACUAGAGGAGUCAACAAUUUCGAGCUGGACAAGGUGUACAGCCAUAUUUUAACCGUUUAGAGUCAGUAAUGCAAAUUCUAAUAACUGUUAUGUCUUAAACAUACGAUGAAAUAAUAAAGGUAUAUUUCGUGUUAAGCAUCAGUAGUGUUUUCUUUAAUUUUUGUCGUACUGAAACAUGUAGCGUUCGACGAACGUGUUUGCAAAUGUCGUUUGUUACUCAGCACGAAACACCGAUACAAUUCGUGUGAUAUGAGUAAAAAAUUAGCGCUCCGGUGUGUGUGGGGAAAUUGUGUAGUGUUAUUUGCUUGAGGGGUAGAAACACCCCAGGAAAAACUAGGCAACCGUACCUAUUUAACAUUUCUAUCACUGUUCCCUUGUCUCUUAGUGGCUUUAUGCAUUCGU